GUAAACAAAACGCACAAAAUUCUUGUAAGGCCGACGUUUUAAAAUAUUCAUCGUAACGGCGGCCCACGCAAAACCGUUCUCGGCAUGAACGGAGAUACGGAGUGUUCUUGACAGAUGUUUAUCAUUGUCAAAGCAGGGGUAGUUACAAGUCAACAUGGAGUUUUCUGUUAAAAAGUAACGUUUUAUAAGUUAAUAGAAACAUGAGACUGUCGUUUUCUUGCUUGAUUAACUUGAAUUAAAAUGACAACCAAAAGUGAACUGAAAAAGUUGUCGGAAGAGAGCUUAACUCGCCAGCCGGAAGAAGUCUUCGAUACAAUAUGCAAGUUAGGUGAGGGUUCCUAUGGAAGUGUUUACAAGGCUUUGCACAAAGAGUCUGGACAGGUGCUUGCUAUUAAGCAAGUGCCUGUCGACACAGACUUGCAGGAGAUCAUCAAAGAAAUCUCAAUUAUGCAGCAGUGUGACAGCCCGUAUGUUGUUAAAUACUAUGGGAGCUACUUCAAAAACACAGACUUGUGGAUUGUUAUGGAAUAUUGUGGUGCUGGUUCAGUGUCGGAUAUCAUGAGGUUAAGGAAGAAGGCCCUGACUGAAGAUGAGAUUGCCACCAUUUUAUCAGACACAUUAAAAGGCCUAGAAUAUCUGCAUCUAAGAAGGAAAAUUCACAGAGACAUUAAAGCUGGUAAUAUUUUAUUGAACUCUGAAGGACAUGCCAAGCUGGCUGACUUUGGGGUAGCCGGACAACUCACUGACACUAUGGCCAAAAGAAAUACUGUGAUUGGGACGCCGUUCUGGAUGGCGCCCGAAGUGAUCCAAGAAAUCGGCUACGACUGCGUGGCCGACAUAUGGAGUUUGGGCAUCACCGCCCUGGAAAUGGCCGAGGGCAAACCCCCGUACGGCGACAUCCACCCUAUGCGAGCAAUAUUCAUGAUCCCGACGAAGCCGCCCCCUUCGUUCCGAGAACCGGACAAAUGGUCGCCUGAGUUUAUAGACUUUGUUAGUGUUUGUCUUGUCAAAAACCCCGAUGAACGUGCCACUGCCUCAGAAUUGUUAAACCAUGAAUUUAUAGUUAAUGCCAAAGUUCCGAGUAUCCUGAGUACAAUGAUACAAGAUGCUCACGAAAUACGGGAGAGUCAGAACUUCCGAAACGUAUCGGCUACGAAUCUACCUGGUCUAAAACAGAACAUCGUGGAGGAAUCCGACGACGACGUCGCGUUAGGUCUGCAAACGAUGGUCAAUUGUACCGACGAAGGUACGUUAGUUCCUGGCAAGGACGGCACGUUAAUCGCAUCGCCCAGCGGCACACUCAUCGAAUUGGAAUCGGAAAUGGGUACGAUGGUGAUAAACAGUGAUAUCGACGAUCAGACUAUGAAGAGGCACGACACGGACUCUUCCAACGGCGGGAAGAAGUACCGACCAAUGUUCCUAGAUCACUUCGACAAAAAGGAGGCGGAAGUCAAAGGCAAUGGUGUUUCUAGUCCACCUGAUGUUGUAGACGCCAACAACGACGACAAACAUCGGUACCAAAGUCACAUACAGGUGCAAGUCAGUCCGGCGCCGCCUCAGCAACCAGCUCAAGAACACAAAGCCCCCAGGACCGUCUUCUCAGACAGCGAAUUCGAAUUUUUGAAUUAUUUGAGUUUGGAGGAGUUACAGCAAAGGAUGACAACCCUGGACAUGGACAUGGAAAGGGAAAUCGACGAGCUGAGGAAACGAUAUCAGCUAAAGAAGCAACCGAUCCUCGACGCGAUGGAUACGAAACGUAAACGGUCGCAGAACUUCUAACUCUCUCUAUUAGAUUCGCAGUUGCAAUUUAUGGUGCUCAAAAAGAUUUUUUAAUACGUAGGUACUUGUUUAUUUCCCUUUUUGAUUAACACGAAACUUUUUGAGCGUUCUUUUUAUUACUCCCAAUAUUGUACUUAAAAUGGGGGGAUUGUAGUUUUUUGUUUUAAUCAUGUAUGUUGUGUCAUGUUCUUGUUUUGUUUAGAUAAAACAGCCAAUCAAAUGUGAAAAUGCAUAGUGAUAUUGAAAUGUUCAUAUUUUUAUAUGAAAUUGAAAGUCUUGUGAUUCUUUUACAGAAAGUCGUAUAUAGGACUAAUAUCUAUUUAUCUAAAAAUCAGUAGAAGGGACUACCAAGUACAGCUUUGUAACCUAUGGAACACAUAUAAAGUGAUAGUUUGAUAAUAAAAUUUUUAUCAUAUAAUUUCCAUCAGUUACUAAACUGGAAAUCAAGCAAAUAAUCCUCAGUAUUCUCUAACAAUGGCUUGAUUACCAUUAAAUUUUGUGUAUAUAUAAAUAUUGUUUACAAUAGAUUAUAACCUGUACGAUAAGUACGCUUGCUGUGCCUUUUGUAGAAUUUAGACUAGGGUUAAAAUAGAUCUGUACUCAUAUUUUUUGAUGAUCCCAAAUAAAAUAAUCUCAUUCAUUAA